AUGUCUUUGCACUAUGAACGUCGUUCCAACGAGAAAGGCAUUCUCAGUAUAUUUGCAAACAUCUUUAUAUCUUUUAUAGGCGGCGGAGUGCUCGGUUUACCCUAUGCUUUUAGAGAGGCUGGUGUAAUUGAAGGGUCUGUGAUAAUGGCUGUCAUCGGAUUUAUAAGCAUCCAAGCAAUGCUGCUGAUUGUGGAAUGCAAGUACAAAUUGCUUGAACAACGAAGCCAAAUUGUUAAGAAUUACAAAGCACAUAAACGAAAACCUGAUGAAGAAUCUCUUGUGAUUGAUAGCAGUGAUAUUAUUACAGCAAAGGUAACUCCUCUUAUUGUUGAAUGCAAUGAGGAUAAAUUCCUGGAUUGUGACAGUGAUGAGGCAAACAAUUCUACUGAGGGUCAACAAAAUGUGUUGAAGAUUCAGGAUCUGUCUUAUGGUGAUUUAGGGUAUUUUGCCAUGGGAAGGUUUGGUCGAAUGGUAGUUGAUUCUGUAUUACUGAUAUCUCAAGUAGGAUUUUGUUGUGCCUACCUAAUUUUUAUUUGUGAAAACUUAUCUGAUAACAUCCAUGGAAUAACACUCUUCGAAUGUCUUGCCAUUUUAUUGCCUCCUCUUUGUCUUCUUACUCUCUUCCGACACCUGAACAGCUUGUCAAUAUCCAGUUUAUUUGCUCAGUGUUCCAGUCUCUUAGCCUUUGCUGUGGUGUUCUGGUUUGACUUCCAGCACAUUCAUUUAGUUACGAUUCAUCCAAAGAAAAUUUCCUUAAGUGGUCUGCCUUUUUUCCUGGCAAUAUCAAUUUAUUGUUAUGAGGGUGCUGGAAUGAUUUUAUCCUUAGAAGCAUCAGUUGUAAAAGAAAAGCGUAAACACUUUAAAAAGAUUUUUAUAUGGACAAUGAUGUUAGUAACAGCACUUUAUAUAACUUUUGGAAUUUGUGGAUAUUUGUCAUUUGGACCAGCAACUAAUCCAAUAAUUACUCUGAAUCUUCCUAAAGGAAAAGCUUUAGAUUUUGCAAUAAUGGUUAAAUCAUUCCUGUGUUUAGCUAUGUUUUUCACAUAUCCAGUCAUGCUCUUUCCAGCUAUCAAAGUUUUAGAAGGAUAUUUCAUGCAGGAACCAGAGAAAACAUUUUGGAAAGGAAACGUUUUAAGGUUUAUUGUUGUGCUGUCCACGGGUGUGAUUGUUAUUGCCAUUCCUAACUUUGCCAAUUUGAUGGCUUUAAUUGGUGCCUCAUGUUGUACAUUACUUGCCUUCAUUUUACCUGGUCUUUUUCACAUUAUCAUCUUUAAAGGCUCAAGUACAUUUUCACUCAGAGCAUUUGACAUUUUUUUGAUAUUAGUUGGUAUUAUUGGGGCAGUGAUUGGCAAUUUGGAUGCUUUUAAUCGACUCACAGCAAAUGACUCUUCACAUUCAUCUCAACAUGGAAAUAUUACUACCAUAUUAAGCUAA